CUCCCCCACCCCCCCACUCACACUCCACCUCUCCCCCGCGCCGCACGCACCCCCACCCAGAUAGACGCGCUAGGGUUUCCGCACCUCAGUGACUGCACCCCCCGAUCCGUACCCCUACCCCUUCAUCGGCGAUGUCCACCGCGGCGGCCCAGGGCGGCAGCGACAAGCCGGCGCUCCGGAAGCCCGUCUUCACCAAGGUCGACCAGCUCAAGCCGGGCACCAACGGCCACACCCUCACCGUCAAGGUCGUCAGCGCCACCCCCGUGCCCGGCCGCGCGCGCCCAGGCGCACCCGCCGCCGUCCCAUCCCGCGCCCCGCGCAUCGCCGAGUGCCUCGUCGGGGACGAGACCGGCGCCAUCGUCUUCACCGCGCGCAACGACCAAGUUGAUUUACUGAAGCCCAAUGCCACAGUGAUCUUGCGCAACGCCAAAAUUGACAUGUUCAAAGGAUCGAUGAGGCUUGCAGUGGACAAAUGGGGGCGGAUUGAGGCUACGGAGCCAGCUAGCUUCACAGUGAAGGAAGAUAACAACUUGUCGCUAGUAGAGUAUGAAUUGGUUAAUGUGGCUGAGUAACCGCUGGAGCGAUUCUGCUGCCCCUAUUUUCGCGACAUAAGAAGGAAGUACCAUGAACGAACAUUAUAAAGCCUCUCGAAGCGAGUUUAUUUAUUAAGGUUGUAUCGCUUGUGUUAGAACUUUGGAUCCAUUAAGAUGAAUUGCCCUUGCAUCUAUGAGAUUGGCAUCCGCCUUUGUACUGCCUGUGUUGCUGUGAUAUGAUGGAAGAAAUUUUAAGCAGGAAA